ACAAAUACAAAAUAUUUUUCAUAUCACGUUAUAACAUCCCUUACCCUCCCUCUCUCUCUCUCUCUCAAAAUCAUUCAGCCACUCACACAUAAACAGACACAUUGCAGCUCCAGCUUUUCCCUUGCUUCCCUCUCGCACAGCCUGUCAAGCCUAAUUAUUAACCCCAUGAUUCAAUUUUCAAAAUUUGAGUUGCUUUCUUGUGUCUAAGUAGAGGGUUGAAUUGAUCAGCCAAAAGUUUUGAUGUUUCUAUGAGCUUUCUCCAAAUUUCCCUUGAAGUGCAUUACUUGGAUUGAUCCUUCCUUCAAUUUUUCCUUCAACCAUGAUUCAAGGAGAAUCAUGAGAGAAUUGGCCACUUCUUAUGUUAGUGUUGGUUUUAUUAGUAGUACGACUAACCUAUGGGAAAAAAUGCUGGCAUGAGGGAGGAAGAUGCUCAAUGAACUUCAUCAGAGAAAGCUGCAAUUUGGGCAUGGGAACUCAAGUUGAAUAUUCCAUAAAUCUUCUAGCAUCCUCAGUAGACAGCAACAACUUCAUUGUGGGUGGUGUGGAUAUCUGGGAGCAUUAUCAGAACAAAGGAGUAAGUAACAACCAUUGUAAUAUUGGAGUGAAUAAAUUGCAAAAUCCAAUGGAUAGGAUGUUUGACAGAAACAACAUGGAAUCUAUCAAAAAGACAAUGCAGAUUCAUGAAGACAUCUUCAAACACCAGGUGAGGGAACUACACCGGGUAUACAAUGUGCAAAAGAUGCUGAUGGAGGACCUAAGAAAGGAAACAAAACAAAAGAAAUUUUGGACCCCCAUGAAUGGCAUACACAUAAGCCAUCCUCAUUUCCUUCAACAACAACAACAACAACAAACUACACUAAUUUCAUAUGGGCAUGUUCAAAGUUUGAGAGAGGAUCAAUGCUCAAAGGAAAGGAGUGGAAGCUGUUCUGGAGAGACCAUGAAGAGGCAAAGGGGUUUUGAUCUUGAAAGGCCUACAGAGAGAGACAUUUUUGGUGGCUGUGAUGAAACUGAGGCAGGACCUAGCUCCAACAAUGCACUUCAAAGAUGUAAAAUAAGCAAUGGUGCCUCUAAUGAAGACAUGGAAGUGGAUUUGACUUUAAGUAUAGGAGGGAGCCAAGUUAAGAAGAAUAAUAACAAGAAACCUUAUUUGCUUCCACUAGGGUGCUCAGACUCACCAAAUGGGAAAACUAGGGAGCUAAAUUCUUCUCUCUCUUUCCAAUCAGAUAGGGUGGGAGAUUGCAGUGACCCCACCACCCCUAUGAGCAGCUCCAGUGUGACAUUUGAUCAAGAGAGAAAGGGGCCCCAUUGGCUUUCUCAAGGUUUAAAGCUUAAAUAGGACUUUAACUUGUUUCAUUGUUUCUAUUAUUGAAAAUCUUCGUUCGUUCAAAUCAUUAUAUUCAGACCUAUAGACAAUGUUUCAUUUUGGAAACUACAUCUUUAGAGAUAGGAUUUUCUGUUUCCUUGAGAUACCAGGAGAAGAGGUUAAAUACAACUAAAAAUGCAGGUUUGUACAUAUCCUUCAACAUUGUCAAAUAAGCAAUAAGUUUAGCAAGACCAGAAAUCUACCGCAGGAUCAGAAUGGCUUCCUGAGCAAAGAGCAAAUAGUAAUAAAGGUUCUGGACGAUGUAUGGCGUAUCCUUUUCUUGCAUCUCUAACCUUUGGUUUUGCCAUUGAAGGAAACCACAACCGCAACCACUGGGAGAAAAAGAAAGGCGUAAUACUUAGUUAAGAAAGGUAUUUGGUCAACAGGAUUUGAUCAACGCUAAACUUGUUUGUUUACUAUGUAAAAUAAAAUAUGCAGUCUUCUUAGAAGUUUCUGGAAAUCAGAUUUACUUGUCCUGAGCGAGGCAAUCUGCAUCCCAGAAUGAAGUUCCACUGAAUUUUUAUGGUUCAUGUGUUCAGAUUCCUAGAUUAGUUUUUUUUUUUCUUUGUUCCAAUAAAUGGAUAACUUAUACUCCCACUCCUGAGUGUCCCUUUCUGUAAAUAGGUAGAGUGAUCAAGUUUGAUGUGCUGCUUAA